GAACGGGAGCGAGAUCCGUGUGCGCGCUGGUGGGUGAAACUGUUCGAGCAGAUUCGCGGUCUCGAAGAAGCUGCUGCACGCUCACAUUCUGGACAGGGGCUGCGCGUGAGCGUGUGUGUGUGUGAUGGCUGUGUGUAUAGCUGAUAAUGUAGCCAGCUAAUGGCUGCCAGGGAAAGUAAGAGAGGUGGCACAUGAAUCCUUAAAAGACAAGAUACGGAAGUGAGGAAGAGGAUGGUGAGCAGCCAGCCGAAGUACGAGCUGAUCCAGGAGGUGGGCCGCGGCAGCUACGGUGUGGUGUAUGAGGCGGCGGUAAAACGCACCGGCGCCCGUGUGGCCGUCAAGAAGAUCCGCUGCCACUCGCCGGAGAACGUGGAGCUGGCCCUCCGCGAGUUCUGGGCCCUGAGCAGCAUCCAGAGCCAGCACCCCAAUGUCAUCCACCUGGAGGAGUGUGUGCUGCAGAGGGACGAGUUAGCCCAAAGGAUGAGCCAUGGCUCCAGCUCUCCACUCUACCUGGAGUUGGUGGAGACAUCUCUGAAAGGCGAGAUCACCUUUGACCCCUGCUGUGCCUACUACCUGUGGUUUGUCAUGGACUUCUGUGACGGUGGAGACAUGAACGCAUACCUGCUGUCCCGCAAGCCCAGCAGGAAGACCAACACCAGCUUCAUGCUCCAGCUGGGCAGCGCCCUGGCCUUCCUGCACCGCAACCAGAUCAUCCACCGCGACCUCAAGCCUGACAACAUCCUCAUCUCCCAGGGCUGCACGGCAGCCGGCUCCCCUGAGCCCACCCUCAAGGUAGCAGACUUUGGCUUGAGCAAGGUGUGCUCUACCUCGGGCCUCAACCCAGAGGAGCCGGCCAGCGUCAACAAAUGCUUCCUGUCGACGGCCUGUGGCACGGACUUCUACAUGGCGCCGGAGGUGUGGGAGGGCCACUACACUGCCAAGGCUGACAUCUUCGCCCUGGGCAUCAUCAUCUGGGCCAUGGUGGAGCGCAUCACCUUCGUGGAUGUGGAGACCCAGAAGGAGCUGCUGGGCAGCUAUGUGCAACAGGGGGAGGAGAUCGUCCCCCUGGGGGAGGCUCUGCUGGAGAACCCCAAGAUGGAGCUGCUCAUCCCAGCCAGGAAGAAGAGCAUGAACGCCGGCAUGAAGCAGCUCAUCAGAGAUAUGCUUUCAGCCAACCCUCAGGAGCGGCCCGACGCCUUCGAACUGGAGCUCAGACUGGUCCGGAUCGCCUGCAGGGAGCUGGACUGGGACACGUGAUGGCCGAACAAGAGGCAACGCAACAUGGACUUGUAACGGUCAAGCACGUACUUAAAAGCCACUAUGGGCUCAGUGGCCACUCAAUGGGAACCUUUUGUAAGGGAACAAAUGUAUAAAGUGGUCAUUCUUUGCAAUGGGACUUUAA